GUCCAGGUCCAGAGGGUGUUGCGGUCUUCAAGUAUGCGGUCCGCAAGCUUGUCGCGGCUGCAGGGGCUUUUCGCGGUCUAUAAGCCCCCGGGGCUAAAGUGGAAGCACCUGCGGGAUACUGUGGAACUGCAGCUUCUGAAGGGUCUCAAUGCGGGGAAGCCUCCUGCCCCUGAACAGCGUGUUCGCUUCUUGCUGGGCGCGGUGGAAGGCAGUGAAGAGAAGGAGCUGACCCUCACAGCUACCAGUGUACCCUCUCUCACCAAGCAUCCACUGGUCUGUGGACCAGCAUUCACCCAUUUCAAGGUUGGCGUGGGACAUCGGCUGGAUGCCCAGGCUUCUGGGGUGCUUGUGCUCGGCGUGGGACGUGGAUGCAGGCUCCUCACUGAUAUGUACAAUGCUCAUCUCACCAAGGAUUACACAGUGCGUGGCUUACUGGGCAAAGCUACGGAUGACUUCUGUGAGGAUGGGCGGCUGGUGGAGAAGACAACCUAUGACCAUGUGACAAGAGAGAAGCUGGACCGCAUUCUGGCUGUGAUCCAAGGCUCCCAUCAGAAGGCCCUGGUGAUGUACUCCAACCUCGACUUGAAGACCCAGGAGGCUUACGAGAUGGCUGUGCGAGGCCUGAUCCGGCCCAUGACCAAGUCCCCAAUGCUGAUAACCGGCAUCCGAUGCCUCCACUUUGCACCUCCAGAAUUCCUCGUAGAGGUGCAGUGCAUGCAUGAGACCCAGAAAGAGCUGCGAAAGUUGGUACAUGAAAUUGGCCUGGAGCUAAAGACCACUGCUGUCUGCUCCCAAGUGCGGCGCACACGCGAUGGCGUCUUCACGCUGGACAGUGCUCUCCUGAGGACCCAGUGGGACCUACACAGUAUCCAGGAUGCUAUCCAGACCGCCACCCCCUGGGUAGCUGCGGAGCUGGAGAAGAGCUUGAGCCCGGGGCUGGACACCAAGCAACUCCCCAGUCCGGGAUGGUCCUGGGACUCCCAGGUCCCGAGCUCUGGAGAGGGAUGCUAGGCAGUGAAUGCCCAGGCAGCUGCUGGGGCAGUGAGUGGAUAAAUAGAAUAACUGCGUAUGAGCCGGACCUGAUGGCUGUGCAGAAAGUGAGAGUAGGGGCCACCUUUUCUACGUGCGACACAAAACUCAACUGUAACAGAAAAGAUCAAUGGACUUGACCCAACUGAGAAGGAAAAACUUCUGUAUGGAGGAAAAGACAAUAAACAAAUGACAGACUGAUGAAAGGUAUCAGCAGGCCAGGUGUGGUGGCAUGCACUUGUAAUCCCAGCUACUCCCAGGGCUGCGGCAGGAGAAUCGCUUGAGCCCAGUAGUUUGAGGUUGUAAUGCUCUAGACUGCGCCUGUGAAUAGCCACUGCGCUCUAGUCUGGGCAACAUAUGAGACCCCCCCCAUCUCACAAAAAAAUUCCCAAUAAACCAUGUGCCCACAAAAAUGAAAAAUUA